UAAGCUUGCACGAUUUUCACAUGAACUCUUUAUCAGACUAUUAACCUUGAUAUUUACUCGUUGUCAUGGUUUGCUUUUGAUGUAAUUUCAUUUUCUUUAUCGUGUACAUCAGAUGACGUGUAUCUGAAAUCCGAUGAUCAGUUUUUUCACUAAUGUGGAGCUGACCCAAAUAAUGCAAAUUGUUUUGCAAUGCAGGUUUGCUUGAUUUAAUGGUGCUAGAAAGAAAAGUGCCUGGAUCAGCCUGAAACGUUGUUGGGGGCAGAAGUAUAGUGUGUAGGUAAUAACCAGCCUCCUGGCUGAUGGCAUGCCCUGACCCCUGUGGUGUUCAUGGAGAGCUUCAGUUUUACCCUCCCCGGGCCUGGGGCCUUGACUUUCACUUCUCAUCAUACAAAAAGAUGUACAUUAGAGACAUCCAAGACUUGAAACCUUACCCACAUUUUACUGGUGCCUUUGCAUACAAAAAUCAUCCAGUUUAUAAAGUGGACAUCAUCGGCACUAUUGUAAAGAGGGUGGAACAAGCCAAGUGCUUUGUUUAUGCAGUUGAUGAUGGUACUGGUGUUAUUUUGUGCUGUAUUUGGAAACAGCCCUUUGAUAAUUACAAGACCCACAUACAGCGUGGUAGUUUGCCAGGGCCACUACAGGAGAAGUUGGCCGCCUUAGAAGCCCAGGAGUCGAGUCAGGAACAUGGCUAUCAGUUUGGGGAUCUCGUGCAUGCCAAGGGGAAACUAAAAAUCUUCCGGGAAAAGAUGGAGGUGGUUGCUAUCUACCACAGCAGGAUAGAAGACCCGAAUAUUCAUGUGUUCCGGAUCCAUGAGCUUCCCCGUGUGUACAGCCAGUGUUAUGAUAAGCCCUUCCAGCUCCCUCAAAAGGUCCGGCAGGCCCUGAGUCUUGGUUCUACAACUGCAGGGGAUCAAUCUGAGUAUUCAGUAGCCCAAGACUUAAAGGCCAUACUCAACGCAGUUGUCAGCAGUACUGACCAGUGUCUGUACACCCUGGACGAUUUGUGGGUGUUUACCAAGGUCAAGGACUUUCUGACUGUCCACUGUCAGGUAGCGGAGCAUGCAGACCAUGCAAGGAAAGUGCUGUUGGUACGAGCCCUGAGCCUUAUGGAGGGGGAGGGGCAUGUGGUUGCCAGGGGUGACAGGAGGAACAUGUAUGAGUUUCUGAUGGGCACAUCUAAACUGGAACAAACUGUCAAGAAAACUUUGGUGACAGAAACUGCCAAAACAAAAUAUAGUGAGAAGGGAUGCCACUACCUGCACAUUCUGGACGAACUCCAUGCAACUCUGCCCUACAGCAAGCUGAAGAAAGAGGCUCUCAUGUACUGUCUUAACCAGCUUGAGGCCCAGAGUGAUGUAAUACGGACCACACAUGCACACUACCUACCAUGCUCAUAGCAUUGGCUGACAAUAUAAUAUUACUGGUAUACGGACCACACACAAUCACUAAAUAAUGUGGUUAAAGUGCUUACUAAACAUGUAUUGUCAAAUGGGGCAUGCCACCUUCUGUGUUUAUAUUCUAAGAGACAAUUUGACAUCCGUUGCAAGAACCACUCAAAUCCUUCCGUAAUUGGCUAAAAAACUGGAAGUGUUUGAAGGUCUAGUAGCUGAAAUGGACAGGCUAUUUUGGCUUAAACUGGGUGUGUUUUGGAUAAAGUUUGAUAUGUUGGUGUUUGCAUUUUAAAUGUAAAAUCAUUCAUAUUCGUGGGCAUGAUAUUUCGUGGUUUUUCCAAAAAGUACAAUUACUUGGUACUUAAAUGAAGGAAUUUCAUUUUUUUAGUACAUACAAAUUGCAUGGGCCACCCUAAAUGGUCUGCAGAGUCAUGAUGUGCUGAACUCAUGCUAUCUGUUGUCUAUUUCACGCAGUUUUCGAUACUACAAAUAAGCGCAGAUACCCAGGUCAAAUAUCUCUUAAUGUAAAUUAAGUGUCUAAUUAAUGCACACACAUCAAGGAUAUAAAAUAUUGCAGUCAUUGAAUGUAAAUUAAACAUAUUUUGUAAACACAGUAAGGGUGUGUGAUCUUCAAUGAACAAUAAUAGAAGAUACUAGGAGCUGCUCCAUACAAAUUAAAAUCACCUACCUAAUAGUUAUCUUCAAGAAAAAAAAAAUCAAUAAAUUAUUAUUUUACGUUCACUAGUGCAGCUUGGAAUUUAUUGAUAAGAUAAUUGAUAAAUGCAACAAAGUUUUGAAGUGCCGAUGCUCAAAAACACAAGGUUUAUUAUCAGCAUAUCUUACAUGUUCCAGUGCAGGAGGAUUAGAUCAUCAGCUCGUUUUAAUGUUUCUGCAAUGUCGUAAAAAGAACAUCAAAUGCAAGUCUGAAUUUGUCUUAAAUUUAUUAUCAUUGAAGUUUAAUAAUAUAUUACAUAUUUAUAGUAAUAUUAACAAUGAUUUAGAUACUUACAAGUUUGGAUAACGUGACCAGGUAUAUGUUAUGUGAGUAAAUAGAUGAACCAUACAUAUACCCUUUUACAUUUGCAGUAUAAUUUAAGAAUUAAAGGUCCAAUUUUCGUUGGGAUCUUAAAUUAGUGGAUAAUCCAACUGAGACUAUGAACGUUAAUGGCACAUAUUAAUGAUUUCACAGUAUUUGAUUCACUUGAGUAUGUUCAUUUAAAACAAUUUUAGGAGCUCUUAUUUUGUCUGUAUACAAAAAAAUGCUAUUGGGAGUUUUCCUUUUAUCAAGAAAGGCCAUUCAAGACGAGGAUAAUCAUUUGUGGUUUAGAAUUCUUCCCCUUCCUGUAUCGCUGUAUUUCUAACCUACCGUGCCUACUAUUCACUUUGCAUAUUUCCAAUGAUGAAAAUGAAAAUAUUCUUCUCAGUCUAAAUGUGUGUAUGUAUAUGUUCACUCUAGCAAGAGAUUAAUAAUAUUAGUCAUUUAAGGAUGAAAAAUUCAGGAUUUACAUUUUGUUUAAAAACCAUACCAUACAGUAAUUUCUGACUGCAUACAAUUUUUUGGUACCGAAAAACUUGCAGUUAACUGAGUAUUCACUCUGAAAUGUCUGAAGAACUUUUAGUUUUCCAUAUUAUUUAUUACUCCAGUAUAUCUGCAGUUUCAUGAUAUGCCUUCAGGCUUUGUAUAGUUUUAACAGACUUAAGUGAGAUGAUGAUUUGUAUAUUUCAAGAUAAUUUGAUAUAAUGGAACAUUAAGGAUUGUACGGAUGCGCCGAGGAAACCAUGCAUUACUUAUGAGAGGAAUAUUCUGUUUCUGUCACUCAAGUUAUAAAAAUGGGAAUAAAUAUAAGAGUGAAUUACUAAUGUCUGAUUUAUACCAACACCAACCUGGCCAUUCCCUGCGCUUAUUUAGCUAAACAACAAAGAGCUUUGCAUAAUAUGUAUCAUAUGCACAUAUGCAUGCAAAUGUGCACAUGUGUACUUUACAUGUACAUACUACAUGUAAAACUAAAUGUUUUUGGUUAAUAUGAAUUAAUAGAUAGAUAUGAGUCUUUGCCUUAUUAUAUAACCAAAAUUUUGAAAAAAUAGCAUUUUCUUAAAUAUGUUUUUCACUACUGAUAAAGCUGUUAUGCAGAAAUGUUUGAUGAUUAAAGUUAGAAAAAAUGUAUGUGUGUUUGCAUGUAACGAUUUAGUACUUUAAGGACUGAUUGUUCAAAACUUUGUUAAAGUUAACAACGUGAUUAACAACAUCGUUGUUACCUUUUAAACAUGAACUGUGUAAUGAUGUGCUCACAUAUUUAAAUAUAAACAACUACAGCUGAACCAGUUGUCUCAAAUCUGGUUUGAAAUGCUGCAGAUCACAAGUGUA